UCAUCAUUUCGCGGCGGGGAUCAUCUUCUAUCGGUCGUCGUUGAUUGGCCAAUUGGAAGGCGACAAGCUCGAACCCCGAGCUUUGACGACAACAUCUCAACGACUGUCAGGUUUGCCCGUAUAUUCAGAGCAGCAAGUCUGCCUAUACCACGUCAAAAUUCAAAUCCCAGGGCCUGGCUAGUGCUGCCCGGGUGUUUAUAUGAGCGUAUACACCUUAAUAUCUUGGAAUAUAAGCGGCUUAUUCGUCUAAACUAACAAGACCCUCUACCGAUAUUAUCUCCGAGGCAUCUCGUAGUUUCGGAAAUACACACAUAUAUGUUCGAUUACGCUCAACGAGACGCUAAUAUAGCUCGGAUUUGCAUUAUAAAAGUCACAUAAUACUCCUUCUAAACGAUUAUUUAGUUUGAAAUUUUUUCCUUUCCUCACCUCCCAUAUAUAUAUCUCUUCUACCGACCGGCACCAUGUCCUCACCCCCUCCACCUACCGAGGCCCCAAAGCCUCAUGGGGUUCUCGGCCACGUCCUCGAGGAGACAGGUCUCCUAUCUCUAUACGCCUCAUCACGAGACGUCAAACUGCUCUGCCUGCAGCGCUUCACGCGCAUGUUCGCAUACGGGAUAUCAACGCUCAUUCUAGUCGCGUAUCUCUCCGCCCUGGGGAUCCCCAAGACAGACAUCGGGCUAUUCAUGACGCUGACCCUAGCCGGCGACGUGUGUCUCAGCUUCAUUUUGACAUUAUUCGCCGACGCACUAGGGAGGCGAGCAGUCCUUGCGCUCGGUGCGUUGCUGAUGAGUGCUAGUGGUGUGGUGUUCGCUUUAUUCGGGUCGUACUGGGUGCUUCUCGUCGCAGCGGUCGUGGGGGUUAUAAGUCCGAGCGGCAACGAAAUCGGCCCCUUCCGCGCCAUCGAGGAGAGCAUCGUAGCGCAGCUAACUGACCCUAAGAAGAGAAGCGACAUCUACGCCUGGUACAGUCUCCUAGGUCUCGUCGGUGCUGCAUGCGGCUGCAUGGCGUGUGGCUGGAUCCUCCAGCAUCUGACGGAAACUCUUGGGUGGGAUUUUGUUCGCGCGUAUCGUGCUAUUUACUUCGGAUAUGCUGCUCUCGGCUUAUUAAAACUAACUCUGACUCUGCUCCUGAGUCACACCGUAGAGUCGGAGAAGAAGCAGGCACAGAACCGUGCUCGAAAUGACGAGACGAGACCGUUGUUAGAGAGCGGCGUAGAGGCUAAUAUACCUCCUAAACGGGGAUUGCGCGCGUUGUUCCCAGACAUCAGUAAGGAGAGCGUCCCUGUAGUGGUGACGCUGUGCCUUCUUUUUGCUUUGGACUCCUUUGGCUCUGGGCUCGCUCCAUUAUCUUGGAUCACGUAUUACUUCAAAUCUCAAUUCGACAUCGAAGAGGGAGAGCUAGGCUCGAUAUUCUUCGUCACCCAGACGAUCUCAGGCGCUUCUAUGAUCGUUGCCUCUUCUCUAGCUAAGCGGUUUGGUAAUGUCAAUACAAUGAUAUUCACACACCUCCCCUCGCAAAUAUUCCGUGCCCUCCUCGGUGUCCCUAGCGACAUGCACCUAGCACUAGCUUUCCUCAUCCUAAACGCGAGCACUCAGUCCAUGGACAUGGGACCACGCUCUGCCUUCCUCGCCACUAUCGUGCUGCCCGCGGAACGGACGGCGGUCAUGGGGACCGUGAACGUCGUCAAAACUACGGCACAGAGCCUCGGCCCGCUGCUGACAGGUAUACUGGUCGAUCGAAAUCUAUUCUGGGUGUCAUUUGUCGCCUCGGGAGGGUUGAAAAUACUAUAUGACUUGGGCUUGCUCGCGUUCUUCAAGAACAAGGAGAAGGAGCGGGAGAGAGCUGAGCGGUUGAGAAUUCAGAGGGAUGAGGAAGGACAGCAUAACUAGGUCGACCAUUAAGCUGGUUACCCGGGACCCUUGGAACGUGCUAAUCUAUAGCGACGAUAGAACGAGUACCUUGAUGGACCGGUGACGUAGUACAUCAAACAGGAGUUGGUCU